AGUUGUGCCGUGUGCAUCCACAAAUAUAGACUACCUGUGUACAGAAUCUUUCCAGUCUAGUCCGCGGCAUUUCCGACGAAUAGGAACUACUUCACAGAGUACCUCCGAGACACACACGCACUCAGAUCAAAAUGCCUUUCGUUCCCGUGGAAACACCCAAGUGCCCCGCGUGCGGCAAGUCGGUCUACGCUGCCGAGGAGCGCGUUGCCGGAGGCUACAAAUUCCACAAGACCUGCUUCAAGUGCAGCAUGUGCAACAAGGCCCUCGACUCGACCAACUGCACGGAGCACGAGAAGGAGCUUUUCUGCAAAAACUGCCAUGGUCGCAAAUACGGUCCUAAGGGAUACGGUUUCGGUGGUGGUGCCGGCUGCCUGUCCAUGGACUCUGGCGCCCACUUAAACAGAGAGUAAGGACUAAAUAAGAAAUAUGUUUUGUAUGAAAAUUGUGUAAAAUUCCUUGAAUUAAAUGUGUAGUUUUGCUUUCUAUUAGAA